CUGGUACACCAUUAAUAAUAUCAUAUGAAAACUCUGUAAACUGUAAAAUUCAAAGCGAAGUUUGAUUUUCAAUUCAUUCAUCUUUUUCUCUUCAAGGUAUAUGGACUUAUGAUGAUGAUGAUGUUAUUACUACUAGGAUGUGCUGAAUUAGCCAAUUUUCAUAUUAUGUUUAAUGUUAAUGAAAUUUGUGGCGUUGUACGUUAAGAAUUGAAUUGUUGCGAGCAAGAAUGAGAAUAAGAUAGUAUGCGAUAUUCAAAUUUGAGAUCUGACAAAGAUUAGGCGUGGCUCCUAUGAUCGAGAGGUAUCAAUUUCAAAACCCAUAUUCAACUCAAGGAAUUGCAGUACCAGACAGGAUUUGAGCAAGAUCUGCGCAAUGGCGAAGGAAGCUUCUAAUACCAAUGGCAGUGUGACGACAAAACCACCUCCAUCCCCAUCUCCUUUAAGAAAUGCCAAGUUCUUCCAGGCCAAUAUGAGAAUCUUGGUAACUGGAGGAGCUGGAUUUAUUGGCUCUCACUUGGUAGACAGGUUGAUGGAAAAUGAAAAGAAUGAGGUGAUUGUUGCGGAUAAUUAUUUCACUGGCUCAAAGGACAAUCUGAAGAAAUGGAUUGGUCAUCCAAGAUUUGAGCUUAUCCGUCAUGAUGUGACAGAGACAUUGCUGGUUGAGGUUGAUCAAAUAUACCAUCUUGCUUGUCCUGCUUCCCCGAUCUUCUACAAAUACAACCCUGUAAAGACUAUAAAGACAAAUGUGAUCGGUACAUUGAAUAUGUUGGGACUUGCCAAGCGUGUUGGUGCCAGGAUUUUGCUUACAUCAACUUCUGAAGUGUACGGAGAUCCUCUUAUGCAUCCUCAGGAUGAAACUUACUGGGGAAAUGUCAACCCAAUUGGAGUUAGGAGUUGCUAUGAUGAGGGAAAGCGAGUUGCUGAGACUUUGAUGUACGAUUAUCACAGACAGCAUGGGAUUGAGAUAAGGAUUGCUAGGAUUUUUAACACCUAUGGACCUCGUAUGAAUAUUGACGAUGGUCGUGUUGUUAGUAAUUUCAUUGCACAAGCAGUUCGUGGUGAGCCAUUGACUGUUCAAGCACCUGGAACACAGACACGUAGUUUCUGUUAUGUGUCAGACAUGGUUGAUGGCCUUAUUAGACUUAUGGAAGGAGACAACACUGGGCCCAUUAACAUUGGAAAUCCAGGUGAGUUUACUAUGCUUGAGCUUGCGGAGACUGUUAAGGAGCUUAUCAACCCAGAUGUGGAGAUCAUAUCAGUCGAAAACACACCAGAUGACCCUCGCCAGAGGAAGCCAGACAUCACAAAAGCCAAGGAGUUACUUGGUUGGGAGCCAAAGAUCAAGUUGCGCGAUGGCCUUCCGCUUAUGGAGGACGAUUUCCGAACAAGACUUGGAGUUACCCGAAAGAAUUGAACGGUACACCUUAUUAAUGCAAAUGAGAGUGAUGAAGAUGCUGGGAAGAGCUUGACAUCUGGAUGAGCGCCUCCGCUCUCAGGUUUUCUUUGUUUCAUAUUUUUAUUAAGUGGGAAAAUAAAUGGUAAAUGGUAUUAGGACCUUUUCUUGUAAACCAAACUCCAGUUAUUUGAAUGAUUUUGGAUACUUUGAUUGGGUUCUUACUUCUGACGAUAUUAGGUUUUCAUUCAAAGAUUAUUUUGUUUUUUUAUCAUUGGAAAGAGUGCCGCACCUUUUAUGAAGAUUAUCUUGAUUUCAUCAUCCCCUUUUGGAUGAGCCAGUUUUAUCA